AGGAGCAGGGCGAGCGAGCGGAGCGCUUUCUAUCUCUCUCUAAACCAACUCAGUAUUCAAACAUAUCACAUCCAUUCGCUAAGGAUUUGUUUUUGUCAACCUGCUGCCCGUCUUGAAUAUCUCUGGAGAAAAGACUGUCAGGAACAGAUGCUUCUUCUAGGCUAGCUAAUUCACGGUAAUUUCAGAGAUUGCUUUCCCGCACAUCGUUCAAGUAUUUAUUUCCAUCCGUGUGGUGUGUGUUGGAUUCGCACUUGCUGGGUCCGUUUUGAUGGAAAAACGAGACGGUGACAUGAGCCAGACCGGAGUCUAACGCAUUUUUCGCCCAUUUACCAUCGUGUUGCAUUGGACUUCUGUCGUCGGCUAUGGGAAGUGUUCAUUCAAAAGAAGACUGCACAAUUUGUCAUCUAUAAAGGAUGUGGCAGAGUAUGUUGGAAAAAUAGCCAUAGCAUCCGGAGUGUAAGGCCAAAUGACAUAGGAUGAAGGCUAUUCGUAACUUGUUGAUUUAUAUAUUUUCCACCUAUCUCCUGGUUAUAUUUGGAUGUACUGGUGCCCAAGACGUCUGGUGUUCCACGCUGGUCAAGGGAGUCAUCUAUGGCUCCUACUCGCUGACUGAAAUGUUUCCUAAGAACCACACAAACUGCACGUGGACACUGGAGAACCCCGACCCCACCAAAUACAGCAUCUACCUGAAGCUGCACAAACAGGACCUCGGGUGCUCCCAGUUCGCUCUGCUCGUGUAUCAGUUCGACCAUUACUCGCACGAGAAGAUCAACGAAUUGCUCAAAAACAACGAAUCUAUAGUGUACCUUUGCGAUUCCAAGAAUAGCCAUGUAUUUUUGCAAUACGACAAGAAUUUUGUUCAGCUACGGAGGGUUUUCCCGUACGAUUAUAACGGAUUGACGCCGCAGAAGCUGGACGAAGAUGACAAGUCUAUCGUGGAGUUUGUGGUGUUGAACAAAGCGAGCCCCAGCCAGUUUGGUUGCCAGGUUUUGUGCACCUGGUUGGAAAACUGCCUGAAGUCCGACAAGGGAACGGUGGAAUCAUGUGGAAUAGUGUAUACAAAGUGUACCUGUCCCCAGCACCUCGGCGACGGCGAGUCGGAGGGUAUGCUGAUGUUGAACAACAUGGUGUUACCUUUAAACCCUCAAACGGAAGGAUGCCUGACGCCCAAACUGCAGCUUGGGCAGGUGUGCAACCUCAGCGCUGAGGUGAAGCGACCCGCGAAGGAGGAAUAUGGAAUGAUUGGAGAGAACACUGUAAAAAGUCAGCGACCGAGAUCAGUACAUGACACAAAGGCCCAACAGGAGCGAGCUGAAUCUGCUAAAUUUAUGGCACAAACUGGUGACUCUGGUGCAGAGGAGUGGUCCCAGUGGAGCUCAUGCUCUGUGUCAUGCGGUCAAGGGUCGCAGGUGCGCACAAGAACAUGUGUCACACCAUACGGAACACACUGCACCGGCCCUUUAAGAGAAUCAAGGGUUUGCAAUAACACUGCCCCCUGUCCAGUGCACGGCGUGUGGGACGAGUGGUCGCCAUGGAGCUUGUGCUCCUUCACGUGUGGGCGUGGCCACCGCACGCGUACCAGGAUGUGUGCCCCGCCCCAACAUGGCGGCCGGGCCUGCGAUGGACCGGAGACCCAGAGCAAACUCUGCAACAUCGCCCUGUGUCCAGUGGACGGCCAGUGGCAGGAGUGGAGCUCGUGGAGUGACUGUUCGGUGACGUGUGCCAACGGGACCCAGCAGAGGACGCGGCAGUGCUCAGCAGCUGCCCACGGGGGCUCUGAGUGCCGGGGCCACUGGGCAGAGAGCCGGGAGUGCUACAACCCUGACUGCACCGCCAAUGGCCAGUGGAACCCUUGGGGCCCGUGGAGUGGCUGCUCCAAGUCAUGUGACGGAGGCUGGCAGAAGCGGGCGCGUGUGUGCCAAGGCGCAGCCGUCACCGGGCAACAGUGCGAGGGCACGGGGGAGGAAGUCCGCAAGUGCAGUGACCAGCGUUGCCCAGCCCCGUAUGAGAUCUGCCCGGAGGACUACGCUGCAGCCAGUGUCUGGAGGAGGACCCCUUCUGGGGAGAUGGCCUUCAACAGGUGCCCGCCUAACGCCACAGGCACCACCAGUCGUCGCUGUGCUCUGGACGGCCGAGGCGUGGCCUUCUGGGAGCCGCCCAGCUACGCACGCUGCAUCACUAACGACUUCAGAUACCUGCAGCAAUCAGAGGUUCAAGGCCACCUCGCCAAGGGCCAGAGACUGCUAGCGGGCGAUGGCAUGUCCCACGUCACCAAGAACCUGCUGGAUCUCACCCAGAGAGGGAACUUCUAUGCCGGGGACCUGCUCUGCUCUGUGGAGAUCUUGAGGAACGUGACGGACACCUUCAGGAGGGCCAGCUACGAGCCGUCCUCCGACGACGUGCAGAACUUCUUUCAGAUCAUCAGUAACCUGCUGGAAGAGGAGAACAGGGACAAGUGGGAGGACGCCCAGCAGAUCUACCCAGGAGCAGUGGAGCUCAUGCAGGUGAUAGAGGAGUUCAUCCACAUCGUUGGUCUGGGGAUGAAAGAUUUCCACAACGCCUACCUCAUGACCGGGAACCUGGUGGCCAGCAUACAGAGGCUGCCAGCUGUGUCGGUGAUGACGGACAUCAACUUCCCCAUGAAGGGUCGUAAGGGCAUGGUGGACUGGGCCAGGAACUCGGAGGACAAGGUGGUCAUCCCCAAGGGAAUCUUCCUGCCCCAGACUCCAGAUAUGGACGGUUCUGACGUCUCUCCUGUCUUCAUCCUGGGGACUGUGCUGUACAAGACUCUGGGCCUGAUGCUGCCAUCACCAAGGAACCACACGGCCGUCAACUCCAAGGUCAUCGCCGUGACGGUGCGCCCGGAGCCCAAAGCUUCUGAGUCACACUUGGAGAUCGAGCUGGCACACCUGGCCAACGGGAGCAUUAGUCCCUUCUGCGCACUGUGGGACUCCAACGCUGUGAACGAUUCUUGGGGAACCUGGUCUGCCAAAGGAUGUAAAACUGUGCUUACAGAUGCCUCCCAUACGAAAUGCUUGUGUGAUCGUGUAUCUACCUUCGCCAUUUUGGCCCAGCAACCAAGAGAAAUAGCUAUGGAGUACUCUGGGGUGCCGUCGGUGACGCUGAUCGUGGGCUGUGGCCUGUCCUGUCUCGCCCUCAUCACUCUGACCGUGGUCUACGCUGCGCUGUGGAGAUAUAUCCGAUCUGAGCGAUCGAUCAUCCUGAUCAAUUUCUGCCUGUCCAUAGUUUGCUCCAAUAUCCUUAUCCUGGUGGGACAAACGCAGACACAGAAUGCGGUGAGUCUCUCAAAAUAUGUCCUCCCACAAUGCACCUUGCAUAUUUAUACCUUGCUGCUCUGUGUUGCUCUGUGAGCAAAAACACACAGCCUACCUAAAAUCACUU